AUGAACAACCUCAUUUUGAAUCCUUUUGGGAUUCCAGAAAUCCUUUCGCUUGUUGGUGAUUAUCUAGACCGAAGUGACCUCUUACACUGUAUUCGUGUCUCCAAGGCCUUCCACAAUACACUUGUCAAAUUCAUAUGGAAAAAAAUACAGACUGGAUCUCAUUCAAAGGAGCCUACUUUUGAGGCGCUACAGAACUACAAGGAACAUAUUGAGGAGCUUGUAUUUUAUAACAUCUUCCCACAGAAGUUCAGGUUAUUACAAGGCUGCAAGCGCCUCAAAUAUAUCAAUUGCUCUAUGAGGUCAUCCCAAGACUUUUCAAUCCCGAACGAUCUUUCCAAUCUCAUCAAGGCUCACAGAUCCACCAUUACAAAGUUUUUGUUUGAAUUCAAGUGCCCUGGUUUACAAGAGAUAUGGGGAGCAUUAAUGGAAUGCACCCACCUAGAGUACUUGAAGAUUUAUGGAUCACAAAUAAGCAGUGAUGAAACCGAUCUAUUCUUUCAAGUUUGCAAGAAAGUUAAGCAUUUAGAUAUGUCUCACGUAUGUAUCCAUCAACUUCCUUCCGACUUCAUGGAUGACAACGCGGACAACUUCAUCUUCCCAAAUAUAAACGCAUUAUAUUUUCAUCAUACCAAAAUAUCCAACCCUCCACAUCCGUAUACAUCAUCAUAUUGCCUCGGCAUGUUGACAAGGAGAUGUCCAAGACUACGUUCACUGGUAGUUGCUGGGAAUCAGUAUGAUUUCUACAGAGAGGCAUUCCUCUAUCGUCCUUUCGCACUGCCUGACCUAUCAAAAAUAUGGCUUUAUAACAUGAAAAUAAAGGACGAGGAUAUGGCAGCACUCCUUAAACAGCUGACUGAACUAAGACAGUUAUUUCUUCAAGGGUCUGAUUUCGGUCCACUCUCUAUCCGGGAACUAUUAGCGGAAGAGCAAGAGAUUCUGGAGGAUGGACAUAUAAUACGAAAAAGAAGGAAUAGGAGACUCUGUGAUACAGUUGAAAUACUGGAAUUCAUUAAACAAACUGGAGAAAUUGAUGGCGUUGUUCAAGCGAUCCUGUCCAACUGUCCACGAUUGAAGGAACUACGGGGACCUAAGAUUACAUUGACAGAAAUUAUCGCUGGUGCAGAAUGGAUUAGCACUGGACUGACACAUAUGUCAGUCAAUCUUGAGGUUGAUGUUGGCCUGGAGAGUUCAGAGGGCCCACAGAUGCAGCGUACUGCGUUUAGACAACUUGGCAAGUUGACCCAAUUAAGGGUUCUUAAUUUGACUCCAGAUUAUUCAUGGAAUGAAGAAGUUCGGACACUGGACUUGAGGCUAAGAUCAGGAUUGGAUGAACUAGUCAACCUGAAGCGACUUUUUUGGUUAUUCUUCGAAGGCGAUAAGCAUCAACGAAUGCAAUCUGAGGAUGCGACAUGGAUUAUAAACAAUUGGCCAAGUCUUAAUGACGUGUAUGGUAUUGUGAACUGCGAGCCAGGUGCACGUACAUUAGUAACUGACAUACUCCUAUCACACGAUAUUCUCGUAGAGUAUCGUACUUUUGACUAA